AUGAGUCGAAAAUAUGAUGCAUCUUCCAUCGUUUUCGUAAUAACUGUUGUUUGUAUUUCAUUUCUCCUAAACUUGUCCAUUGCAGCUAAACCAAGAGGGUUUAGUAUGAAGAUGAUUCGCAGCGACUCUAAGGAAUCACCUCUACAUCAAAGGUAUGCUAAUUUAACACAAGCAGAACGGUUUCGAGGACUCGUCGAACAAUCCAAAGCUCGAGUACGUCACCUUGGAUCGGCAAGAGCUGCUGCUUAUAAUAAAAGCAUCUCGAUGAAUCCUGAUAUUGUACGCCCAACUGUUGCAAUGGUGAGGGAGACAGGCUUUUACAUUGGUGAGGUAGGUAUAGGUACUUUCAAUGGUCAAGCACAAACUUUCCGGAAUUUUUAUUUAAUUAUCGAUACCAGUAGCGAUAUUAUAUGGACUCAGUGUCGUGUUGGCAAUCAUUAUUUCUAUCAAGAUGCGGAAUUUUAUGAUCAGCAAGGUUCGACUUCAUAUCAUCCUAUGACUUGUGACGAGAAACCGGAGUACUGUGUCGGUGAUCUUUGCGACGAGGACAACUUUUGUUUGUACCGACAAGGAUACAUGUCCGGAGCACAAUCAUCUGGUGAGCUUGCUCGUGAAACAUUCACUAUAAACUCAAAUGAAGUUGCGCAUACCCUUGAAAGUCAUGAAGGUAUAAUCAUGGGUUGUGGCCUUGACCAAACGGGUUUCGGACAAGUACUUGAUGUUCCUGAGCGUGAGGGUGGUGAGCCGUGGGAUGGGCCAAUACCUUAUAAUGCUCCUAUAGCAGGGUAUCUCGGUUUAGGACGAGGAACUACUGAUUUUUCUUUGGUACUUCAGUUAGAUAAUAAGUUUGAAUACUGCUUGGAGUCGUACGAUCUUCCGGGUGCUGAUGCGUCGCACACGUAUUUAAGAUUCGGUGCAGACACAAUAAUUGGUGGAGGACCUGAAGUACGCAGAACUCCAUUCAUUGAAGAUGCUAACUUCAGGACGCCUUACCACUUGACUCUCCUGGAUAUUAGUUUAGAUGCAGUAAGUGCAGAGUUUAACAAACAUGCUUUCGAGAUUAGGAAGGAUGGAACUGGUGGGACUAUCAUCGAUUCAGCGGCUCCAUUCACCACUAUGGUUAUGCCUCAUUAUGAAAGAGUUAGACAAUUGUUCGUGGACUAUUUCCAUCAACUUGGUAUUGAUCCUAUUGCUGCUGCUCCUCACGCUCUUUUAGAUACUUGUUGGGUUAUACCGGCAGAUUUCAAUGACUAUCCGACAAUGACAUUUCAUUUCCAGGACGCCGAUUUUGUUAUUCUAAAAGAGUCUGGUAUUUUUUCCUAUUUCGAAGAUCACAACUUGCUAUGUCUUGGUAUCGUUGGCUUGGAGGAAGAUGAUGCGUCCUAUCACGUUGUUUUAGGAGCUAUGCAACAGUCUAACAAAAGGAUUAUGUACGAUCUUGCUGACGAGGCCCUCUUUUUUAAGGAAGAGGAAUGCAAUUUUGGUGCAUGA